ACGCGCGCUGGUGCUCGGGCGGCGGCGGCGCGGACGGUGGGCGCCGCGGGCGACGGUUGGACGCCGGCUGUAUCUGCGCCGUGGCUCGAUCAUGACGCCGUGUACGCUCCUCACGGCCGUCCUGGCGCUGCUCUGUGUACGAGACGGGGCCAGCUCCACCGAAUGUCGUCAGGAGCGGGCGCCCGACGGCGGCGCGUUCUCGGGCCCGUUCUUCGACCCGAGCACGCCCACCAACGUCACCGCCCAGCUGGGGACGCACGCGUUCCUGCCUUGCGUUGUGCAGCAGCUGGCGGACAAGUCGGUGUCUUGGGUACGCAAUCGCGACUCCCACAUUUUGACCGUGGAUCGGUACGCGUUCAUUGCCGAUGAGAGGUUCCAGUGCUUCCAUCCCGAGGACUCCGAGACCUGGACACUGCAGAUCAAAUACGUCCAGACCAGGGACGCCGGUUUAUACGAGUGUCAAAUCAGCACAGAGCCCAAGAUCUGCCACAUCAUAUCACUUAACGUUAUCGUACCACGGGUGGCCAUUCUGGGAGGCGACCGGGACCUGCACGUCAACGCCGGCAGCACGGUCACCAUCCAGUGCGUCAUCUCCCAGAGCAUCGAACAGCCGGCCUUCAUCUUCUGGUACCACAACGUGGAGCGCGUGAUGUCGCCGGCCAGUCGGCGUCACUGGCAGGCUGUGGAGCGAACGGCACCCGACACCACCGUCUCCACGCUCACCAUCGAGCGCGUCAUCAAGACCGACUCGGGCAACUACACGUGCAGCCCCAGUAACCUGCCCUCGGCCAGCGUGCUGCUGCACGUGCUCAACGGGGAGCACCACGCUGCCAUGCAGGAUGGCGUGAGCGCUGGCCACCCGGCCGGCCACCCGGGACACCUGUGGCUGUUCUGCGUCGGGCUCAGCUUAGUCAGCGCCUUCCUGGACGCCACCGCGUCCCGAAAACUUUCCGCUCGGAACGACGACGUGACGUGAGGACGGCGGUGGUCGCUGACAGUUUAAGUUUUCCCGGUCGCUGACAAGGGGUGCCAGCGUCGCGUGGGAGUGAUGCUAAUGUGGACGUCGGCGGAAGACAAUGAAAGUCUUUCGGUCGCCGACGUUCGGUGCUAGCGACUGAUAGCUGCAGACUGAUGGCGUUGGCUCGCGGUGCCAGACGCGGUACGUGCACUGCGAGCUAUGUUGGACACUGGCUACCAGAGGACAGGCCACGUGACCACAACAUUCUGAGCUCGGCAGGUGACCUAACAAGUACGAAAUCCGCGGCGGAAGCUCAGAACGUUCCAGUGCGAAGUGCAGACAAACACAGAACAUUCGCGACGUUCAUGAACUUGUUGUCAUGCGUUCUUGUACUGAUGUGUUCCAUGCGUGGUGCGAUUGGUGAGUGAAGAAAAGCUGAGAGAACACUGUUGGGAAGCGAGUGAAUGCUGGCAGGUUUUCUGCCGAGUGUCUAGCACUGUUGGCUGUUCUGGGAUCGCUUCUGCUCACGAUAGAUCAUGGUCGGUGUAAUAUUGAGUUGUUACUCUACCAGUAUAUUACCCUUCUAUGUUUGGAGGUAUACGUUUGUUGCAAAUACAUCGCUGAUAUUUUAA